AUGUCUUCGCCGCCACCAAGCAAGAAAGCGCGCACAAGCGCCGACAAAGAGAAGAUGCUGGUGGCUUCACAUGAGCAAUGCUCGUCUCCAGAGCUAGAUGAAAAGCAGUGCUCCAGAUGCCACGACCUUGAGCAGAUCAUCGCUGGCCAUCAGAAAGAGCUGCGCAGUGCUCACGUGCAAGGGGGUAUCGACGUAGCUGCCCAAGAGUUCGCCGAGUGGAAGCAAAAAACCGAGGAAGAAAAGCGAGAAGCCUUUGAGCGCGGCUUGAAGGAAGGAAUCAAGCAUUCUGAGCAACAGAAGUUUGAGACCGAGCAUGCGUAUCUUCGGGGUUUGGAGGAAGGGAAGCGAAUCGAGCAAGACCAAGCUGAAAAGCUUCGCACCGAAAUCGUAGAGCUCAAACAACAGGAGAAAGCUUGGAGCAAGAUGUUUGAAAAUCUUGUGUCUGAGAAGAGAGAGAUUCAGAGCAGCCUCGGUAGCCUACAAGCACAAGGUCUUCAGCAAGGGACUCCGCCAGGCCAGAGCCAGCUCCCAUUGCCUUCGAGGGCGCUGCCACCUCAACAACAGCAGAAUCCGAUCCUUCACGGCCAUGGCACCUCGAUGAUGUGCUCUGGCACUCUAAGGCGCCCGCACAUCCCCUUGUAUGUGUCCAGGAAACCGCCGCACUUCAUGGAUGACACUGUACUGGUGUAUCGAGCCGCAUCUCUCCACAAAGGGCGCACUGUGGUGGCGAUUGCACCUGCAUAUCAGCGCGACGCGCCAAGCAGUCAUGCACCGAAAGGCGGGAUGUGGGUGUAUGUGCGAAAAGACACAUUGGUGGCACACCCAAACCCUACCCAGCACGAGCACUACCCGAAGGGUGAUUGGGGAAUGCACGCGGAGUAUUAUGGAUAUCAGCGUUUCGAGCCUGCGAAGCUGUGUGAGACCUCGACGCUGGCUGCGGAUCGCGCGUCCACAAAAGGCCAGGUAUCGCCAACCAUGAUCGAGAAACCUUCUGGCAUGAGUAUGGCUGAAGACACGGAAAAGUCGCGGACGCAAUUUCUAGCUGCCCAGGAGUCCGUUGGCAGCGUCAAUCAGACUCCUAACUUGACCAAGCACGACCCGCCUGAAGCCUGGCAACAAGUGAUAAACAAUAUGGCCCUCCAGUACAGGGACCAUCAGGAUUAUAAGGCAGGCCGCGAAUGA